AUGCAAACAAGCCAUCCACGUGUUUUAGCCCUAGAAAAUGUCCUAGGGCUAGGAAGUACCAACGACCGGCGGCUUCUUUCCUCCAUUGCGAUGGAAUCGGCAAUAGCGCAACCGCCGCAAUGCGCCGCCGCCGCCGCCGCCUCGCAAUCGCCAGCAGCCGCAAAGAAGUGCCCAAGAGCAACAGCAAAACACCAAGGCACUCCCGGCAUCGCCAACAUCGUGAUCCCAUCCUCGCAGCCCAAGACGGAUGGAUCCAACGUCCUAGGCCUGCCGCUCAAGGACGUCCGAUCGGCCUACGCGCUGGGCAAGGAGCUCGGGCGCGGCCAAUUCGGCAUCACGUACGCCUGCACGGACAAGAUCACGGGCGAGAAGCUGGCCUGCAAGACGAUCUCCAAGCGCAGCCUGCGCAAUCGCACCGACAUGGAGGACGUCCAGCGCGAGAUGCAGAUCAUGCAGCGCCUGGCCGGGCAACACGCCAACAUCGUGGAGCUCAAGGCCGUGUACGAGGACAAGCAGAGCGUCCAUCUGGUGAUGGAGCUGUGCGCCGGGGGCGAGCUCUUCGAUCGCAUCGUGUCGCGGGGGCACUACACGGAGAAGGCGGCGGCGGCGGUGUUUAGGACGAUCGUCAGGAUCGUCCAGCAUUGUCACGCCACCGGAGUGAUCCACCGCGAUUUGAAGCCCGAGAAUUUCUUGCUGGCCAGCCCCGCCGAGGACGCGCCGCUCAAGGCCACGGACUUUGGAUUGUCAGUGUUCUACAAGACGGGACAAAUAUUUACCGAAACAGUGGGCAGUGCUUACUACGUAGCCCCAGAGGUUUUGAAGAAACGAUACGGUCCAGAGGCGGACAUAUGGAGUGCCGGGGUCAUACUUUACAUUCUUCUUUGCGGCUUGCCACCUUUCUGGGCAGAGACGGAGAAAGGGAUCUUCGACUCGGUGUUACGCGGGGAGUUGGAUUUCAGCGAUGAUCCAUGGCCGAAGAUCUCCUCCUCGGCCAAGGAGCUCAUCCGCCGGAUGCUCAACCAGAACCCGAGCGAGAGGCUGGCGAUCCCGGAGAUCCUUGAUCAUCCCUGGGUAAGGCCGGAUGGUGAGGCGUCGGAUCAACCCCUGGAUCAGUCUGUUCUUGCGAGAAUGAAAGGCUUCACGGCCAUGAACAAGAUGAAGAAGAUAGCUCUCAAGAUCAUUGCCGAGAGCCUGUCCGAGAAAGAAAUCAAGGGUCUCAAAGAACUCUUCAAGAAAAUGGACGUGGACAAGAGCGGCACCAUCACCUUCGAAGAACUCAAGUCGGGCUUGGCGAAGCAAGGCUACGAUAUGGCCGAGUCGGAGGUCCGAGCGAUCAUGGAGAGUGCCGAUGUCGAUGGAAACGGGACGAUCGAUUAUCUCGAGUUUAUCUCGGCGACAAUGCACAUGAACAAGAUGGAUCGGGAAAAUAACUUGCUCGCGGCCUUCAAGCAAUUCGACACGGACAAUAGCGGCUUUAUCAGUGUUGAGGAGCUCGAGCAAGCUCUGUACAGGUAUGGAAUGGUGGACGAGGGGAUGAUCAAGGAUAUAAUCAAGGAAGUGGACGUGAACAAGGACGGGAGGAUAGAUUACAACGAGUUUGCUACGAUGAUGCUGCGAGCGGGAUCGAGUGCUGAAGAGGGCGAACGCCACCGCCACCGCCACCGCCACCACCACCACUCAGACAUAGUCUCUUCGUCAUUGUUGUGGAGAAGAAAAAAACUGGGAUGAUUAGGAAAACUAAUGCUUUGCUAGUGUUGUUUGUAAAACAUUUUAUUGUAUUAAUAAUAAAAUUUCUGCC